AUGGUGCUCUCCGCCUGCGUCCGCGCCGACACGCGCACCUACUGCUCCGCCCGCUACCAGGAGUCCGGCGAGCUCAUCAAGUCGCCGUCGCCGCCGCCCAGCCACGACGGCUCCGCCAGCGGCGAGGGCGACAUCAGCGGCGAUGAGCGCCCCCCAUCCCCGCCCCGCGCACCCUCCGCGCCACUGCCGCACCCCUCGCACCCCGCGCACCCUGCGCACGCGCCGCACGUCGCCAGCGCCGCUGCCGCCACCGCCGCCGUCUUCAAUGCGGCGGGCGCCGGCAACGCGCUGGCGCAGCUCCAGCACCUGCUGCUCACUCAGCACGGCGCGCACUCGCUGCUGCUACACACGCAGGUACAGCAAGCGGUGGCGCAGGCGGCCGCGCAACAGUUACAGCAGCUGCAGGCCCGCGCCGGCGCAGUCCCGCCACCCACUACGGGAACCUCGCCCACUUACAAGUACAUGCAAGACGGACGAUCACCGUCACCACGGCGCACGCCGCCCGGCGCGGGCGCAUUCCUCACGCCCCUCACGCCAGGCUCCGGCCGCGCGCGCUCCCCGCUACACGCGCACGCGCACACUCCGCUGCACGCGCACGCGCACAAACCGCGCGCGCUCGAGCCCACGGCUGAUGACACUGCUGACCUCGAAGAGUUGGAACACUUCGCCAAGACCUUCAAGCAGAGACGUAUCAAACUUGGGUUCACACAGGGCGACGUCGGCCUCGCGAUGGGCAAGUUGUACGGGAACGAUUUCUCGCAAACGACGAUAUCACGGUUCGAGGCGCUCAAUCUGAGCUUCAAGAACAUGUGCAAACUAAAACCGCUCCUGCAGAAAUGGCUGGAGGACGCGGACUCGUCGCUGGCGGGCGGCGGCACGGGGACCGGCGCCGGGGCGGCACUGGGCGCCGGCCUGGCCGAGGCCGUGGGCCGGCGCCGCAAGAAGCGCACCUCCAUCGAGUCGGGCGUGCGCGUCGCCCUGGAGAAAGCCUUCCUGCACAACCCCAAGCCCACGAGCGAGGAGAUCGCUGCGCUAGCCGACGCGCUCUGCAUGGAAAAGGAGGUGGUCCGUGUAUGGUUCUGCAACCGACGCCAGAAGGAGAAGCGCAUCAACCCGCCGGCGGGCGAGGGCGCUGGGGGCGCUGGGGGCGCGGUGGCGCUGGCGCCGCAUGCGCACGCGCUGCACGCGGCGUCGGUGGCGCUGCAGCCGCUGGCGCUGCUGGCGCGCGCGCCGCCGCGCGACUGACGCGCCCCGCCGGCGGGCCCCGGGCCCCGUCUGACACAUAUCUCGUUGUAAAUAGUGCGCGGGCGCGGCCGCGGUGUACAGACUAGUGUUAGCGUGUAUAUAGAUGUACGUGCGGGCCGCUGCGCCCGUCCUAGGCUAAGUUUAUAUAUUAUUACGUGAAUUUUAUUUAUGUGGGAGCGCGCCGCCGCUGUACAGAGCUCAUAUCAGUUAGCGCUCCACGCGAUGACUAUGUAAGGUGGAUGUGUAGAAAACUAUCUGUAUGUUACAAUAAAACAUCAUAGACUUUACCGGUGCUUUCAUU